ACCGACCACUUCCAGGAGCGACACGCAACUCCAGCUCCAGGAGCGGCGCGACGAGCCCACAGCAGGCAGCUCCAUCGGCCAAUCAGCGGAGCGCUCAAGGAAGCGCCACUGAUUUGUCGGCAGGAGCUGUGUCCCUCUUGCUGUUCGAACUUGGCCGGCGCUAGGACCCAGCAGUGCGCUCCGGCCUCUCCCCACUUUAGCCAAUCCGAGCAGGGGAUUUGGCUGUUAAGGCGGGGCUGAAUUUGAUUGACAGCGAUUAAGGUCCAACAGUGAAGCAAGACGCUGUGAGGCGGUUACCAAGAAAGGGCCGGUGACGUCGGGCUGGGGCGGGAGCUGCUAUGGGCGGGGUUAACUACGUGAGCCGGAGGCGGGCGGCGCUGCAGCCGGAGGAACCCGACGAGGAGUCUUGGGAGGAGCUGGUGUUACCGCCGCUGCCGCCGCCGCGCCCGCUGGCCAGCACCGCCGCUGGGAGCUGGGGCGGGCGGGAAGCGCCCGGAGCCAUGUUGGGGAAAGGGGCCGGCGGCAGCGGGGCCAAGCCCGCCAAGCCUUCCUUCGUGUCCUACGUCAGCCCGGAGGAAAUACACAUAAAGGAACCCAUAGAAAAGGAAGUAAACCUUCACUUGUUACCAGGUGAAUUGCUGCUCUGUGAGGCAAACACAGUAUUAAAGUGUGUACAAGAAGAUGGGUCAAAUCGUGGAGCCUGCGGGAAACUCAUUUGCACAAACUUCAAGAUUGCUUUUCUUGGUGACGAAUCUGCUUCAGAUGAUAACGAGCCAGAAUUUAAGAAUAAGAUCAUAGGAGAAAAUGACAUAACUCUGCAUUGUAUAGACCACAUUUAUGGAGUUUACGAUGAGAAAAAGAAAUCUCUGUCUGGACAAUUGAAGAAAUAUCCAGAUAAAUUAAUUAUCUACUGUAAAGAUCUUAGAGUAUUUCACUUCUGUCUGAGGUACACAAAGGAAGAGGAGGUAAAAAGGAUCGUCAGUGGCAUAGUUCAUCAUAGCCAGACUCCUAAACUACUUAAACGCUUGUUUCUGUUCUCUUAUGCAACAGCUGCGCCAACCAAUGCAGACACACAAAACCAAACUGUGAUGUUUGAUGCUAUUAAGGAUUGGCGUGAGGAGUUGGAACGGACCAAAGGGAACAUGAAAUAUAAAGUAUUGAGUGCCAACGAAGCCUACAAAAUCUCUGAAAAAUUGCCAUUGUAUUUUGUUGUUCCCAUGUCCCUCUCUGAAGAGAGGAUCUUGCAGUACCAAGGAAGAGGCAUUCCUAUUUGGUGUUGGUCUUGCCAUAAUGGUGCUUCUCUUCUCAAAAUGUCUGCUUUUCCCAAAGAACAAGAGGACAACACUUCACAAAUGCACAAAAUUUUCUUGGAUGGAGUUUAUAAAACAAUUAACAAACCUCCUUAUGAAGUCUUGAAAACUGAUGACCUUUCAAGCAGCCUUCCAUCUCUUCAAGACAUUCAAGCUGCAUACACUAGAUUUAAACAGCUGUUUCUGAUAGAUAACAACAGUACAGACUUCUGGGAUACUGAUGUAAAAUGGUUUUCAUUACUGGAGAGCACAAACUGGCUGGAAAUCGUUAGGCGAUGUCUGAAAAAAGCAAUAGAGGUGGUUGAAUAUCUGGAAGAACAGAACACAAACGUUCUCCUUGUAGAGGAGAAUGCCUCUGAUCUGUGCUGUGUGAUCUCCAGUCUAGUUCAAGUGAUGAUGGAUUCACACUACAGAACAAAAUUUGGCUUUCAGAGCCUUAUUCAGAAAGAGUGGGUAAUGGGAGGACACUGUUUUUUGGAUCGCUGCAACCAUUUACGGCAGAACGACAAAGAGGAGGCUCCUGUUUUUCUGCUCUUCUUAGAUUGUGUUUGGCAGUUGGUACAACAGUAUCCUCCGGCAUUUGAGUUCACUGAAACUUACUUAACUGUCUUAUCAGACAGUCUCUAUAUACCUAUUUUUAGCACCUUCUUCUUCAAUUCACAGCAUCAAAAGGACGCUAACAUGUCUGGAGAAGGCCACAAUGCACAAAGCAGCCAUUUCAGGUUUCUCACAGUUUGGGAUUGGUCUGUGCAAUUUGAACCUAAAGCACAAGUUUUGCUCAACAACCCUCUUUAUGUGGAUAAGCCAAAGCCAGACAAAAGUCAGCGGAAAACUACACGAUUCAAACAUCACCGACAGCUUUCUUUGCCACUGACGCAAACAAAAUCUUCUCCAAAAAGAGGAUUUUUCAGGGAGGAAACUGAUCACUUUAUUAAAAACAUUCUGGGCAAAAGAAUUAGCAAACUGAUAAAUUCUUCAGAUGAGCUUCAUAAUAACUUUACAGAAUUCUACGAUAGCUGGCACUGUAAACCUGUUGACUUUCAUGGACUUCUGCUGCCUCAUAUUGAAGGGCCAGGAAUCAAAGUUUGGGCGCAGCGAUAUUUACGAUGGAUUCCUGAAGCACAGCUGCUUGGCGGUGGUACAGUUGCCACUGCAACUAAAAUCUUGGACAUGAUAGAGGAAGUUCAGAGCUUACAGAAGAAAAUGGAUGAAAAACAUAGUCCGACAGUCACUCAAGGCAGGGAAGCUCUUCCAAUGCUGAGAAAUUCUGCCCGUUUGUCAUCCUUGUUUCCAUUUGCUUUGCUUCAGAGACAUUCUCUCAAGCCAGUUCUGCCCACCAGCACCUGGAAAGACUUGGAAGAUGAGGAUGACUUGGCCAAGAGAGAUGAUGAGUUUGUUGAUUUAAGUGAAGUGAUUUGACAUGACUUGAGCUGAGAAAUGAAAGUAUUGGCACAAAUUUCAGUGAGAGUUGUACAUGUUAAAAACUUUAGGUUUUAAAUGUUAUGCUGUAUCCUAAUGAUGGAAUUUUUCCCUUCAAGUGUCUGCAUCUGACUUCAGCCAGUAUGCUAAAAUCAUAACCUAGAUCUUUAGCACUGAAAGAACCAGCUAUCAUAAUUAAUAUUUUAUAUAGUCUGUGGAAAGGCAUUGAUAUACUUCCAUUUCAGUCUAGCAAUGUUUACUGCAGACAGAUUUUACAUGGGUUAAAGAGCGACACUGCUUUGUUGUGAAAUGGCUGUACUGUAGUAUGUCAAGAAAAAAAUGAAAUAUAAAAUGGCUAUACAGUCAUAAGGAAUUAAGCUAUUUCUCUCUAACUUAUGUCCUUGAUACGAACCUCUGCAUAAUCACUAAGGUGGUUACAUUAUUGGAAGUAGUUGGUUAAACUGACUUGGCAUAACCUUUCUCCACAAGUGGUAAACUGGAGAAAGGUAGAGAAUUGUAAAUACUCAUAUACAAACAAGUAUAAUCCUUCAUUCUUUGAAGCUGAGGAAAAUACCAUCCAUGGUACCCAGGGCUUAUUCCUCUAUACCCGUUACAUCAUGAAUUGAAAUUGUGAAUUGGUCAUCCACUUCUGUUCUGAUAAAUUAUUCCUUCUUGGCCUACAGAAUUUUACUUUCAGUGCGGUAUUGUAAUGGGCAGUCUGGCUGUUUUCAGCCUUGGCAUGCGCUUAGCUUAAAGACCGGUCAGUUGCAAGGGCACUUCACAUCACUAGUCUUACACCUCAUGCCCAUGAUGCCAUACAGUCCAGCUGCCAUGAUAUAUUAAAUCCUAGAUGUUUGCUGCUAAUUAUAAGUAAUGGUCAGAUUGAAAGACUCAAAUUUACUAGAAGAAUCUCCUCUCAAAUGGAGUAGGACUUUCAUGCUCGUCUCCCUUCUUGAUGCCAUUUGCCUUUCAAGGCUUUUUGUAGCUUGCACCUUCUCUGCUAAUAGAAAAAAAAAUAGUUUUAUACACCUACAAUAAAGCUGGACUUUUUUAAUCCAUUGCCACUUGGUUUAUAAACUUGAGGCAUACAUUAAUUAUGAAUGUGGCCUUCAUGUAAAAGCUGAAUAUUAGAAUCUAGUUGCUGGAUUUUGGCAUAACAGUACCUCAGUGAUAAAAGCCAUAAAAGAAAUGCCUGUCAUAAACCUCUUGCUCUAUUGUGUAUAUACUCAUUUUUUUUAAUGGAGAUCAUUGUACUUUGUAAAAUCCAAGUUUUUACUCUUUAUGAAAUCAUAUCUAUGGUCAUUUUGCACCCGAAAAUGCAGAAAAUAGUCCACAAGAUGGAAGUAAGUCCUAAAAGCCUUUACUUUGGUGAAAGGAUUAAUAAUACUGUGUGUUAGGAAACCUGCAUCUAAGAUUGUUCAGCUCAUAGUAAUCAGGAGUGUUUAACUGGAUUGCUAAAGAGGAGUCUUAAACUUUGCACUGAAUUUAUAUUCCUUAUGGACAGCAGAUCCUGUCUCUUUUCUUGCUUCUCUGUAACUGUGUUAUGAACCAAGUUUGGUCUGCUAAAACGAAAUACACUGAUCGGGGGAAAGAUGAUGAUGGAGCUGGAUGUCAAACUGAAGCUUCUCAAGUCAUGGUUGCCUUAAGUCUUAAUAGGGAAGACUAUUAAGAAAUAUAAGCUUGCAAUAUUUUUUUUAAUACACUAGCACUACACUUAUUUUCAUAGUGCAUAUGAGCCUUCUUAUAACUAGCACUUGCCAGAAUUGGCUGUCUUGCACUCACUUCUUUCAAACUAUAGAUUUUAAUUACUGUAAUCGAAAAUCAAGUGUGUCUAAUAUGUAUGCAAUAAUCCCUCCACAAAGUAGUACAACCCAUGUGUUUUAUGGGCAACAGUUAUCUUCUAAGAUAAGUUUACUUGGAUUUCAUAUUUUUAAAACACUGCCAUUGGAAACUUUAAUUUUUGUUAUAUAGAGAGAUUCUGUUUGUGCUCUUGACAGUCAAAUUAUUCAGCUGUUGUGUUCAGUCAUGAAAACUAUGUAUUUAUGUAGGAAAAUGGAUGUCAAAUAUCUUUGUAUAGAAAAUUCUCAAAUGGGUUUGUAUGGAGGAGAUAUUUAUGUGCAGAAUGAAACAUGGGAACACUUCUCUAUUGUAAAUGUAGAGUGAAUGCCAUUGUUAUGAGUUCUGUUUUCUGCACUGUGGGAUUGAAAAUGUACUUAACUUUCCAGACUUCUGGUUUUCUGUUUAUACCUCAGAGUUUUUACACUGAAUGCAAGUUACAGAAGCUUUAACAGUUUGUAUUUUAAAAUCUUCCUAUUUCUCUUAAAUAGGCUGUUUAGAGAGUCUAUAUGUCAAUAAAAUGUACUGACUUCUCUUUAAA